UCAUUUACUCGUCUUGCCUCUAUAAACUCUCCCUCAGUCUCUGCCAACUUGCCAACCCCAAAGAGAGAAAGACUGUAAGACUCUGACUCUUUCUCUCUUUUCUAAACCGAAGAAAAGAAGAGCUCCGACUCUGAGUCCAAUACACACACACACUCUCUCUCUCUCUCUCUGGAAUUUUCCACAAGUGGAAUCAGUCUUUAUUGCGAUUACAUAAUAGACUCACCAUUUCUCAUUGAUUUGGAGCGUUUUCUGGGUACCCAAAACCCAGAACUGAGUUGGGUCUGUGUGAAAAGGGGUUGAAGACGAUGAAGAACGAAGAACAAGCUCGGUUUCUGUUUGGGAUUUCGCUCUCUGAUAGACCCAAAUGGCAGCAAUUCCUGCUUUGCUCUUCUGGGUUCUUCUUUGGUUAUCUGGUUAAUGGUGUCUGUGAGGAAUAUGUGUAUAACAGGCUACAAUUCAGUUAUGGGUGGUACUUCACAUUUGUACAAGGAUUUGUGUAUCUAUUUCUGAUUUAUCUUCAAGGCUUUACCACCAAGCAAAUGGUGAACCCAUGGAAGACUUAUGUGAAGCUAUCUGCUGUGCUUAUGGGCUCUCAUGGACUUACCAAAGGCUCCUUGGCUUUUCUCAAUUACCCUGCACAGCUAAUGUUCAAAUCAACAAAGGUUUUGCCUGUGAUGAUAAUGGGAGCCUUCAUACCAGGUUUGAGGCGGAAGUACCCACCUCAUGAGUACGUUUCUGCAAUCCUUCUGGUGGUGGGUCUGAUCCUAUUCACCUUAGCGGAUGCACAAACGUCUCCCAACUUCAGUGUGAUUGGUGUGGUGAUGGUAUCGGGUGCUCUAGUCAUGGAUUCGUUUUUGGGUAAUUUGCAAGAAGCAAUAUUUACCAUGAAUCCUGAAACCACACAGAUGGAGAUGCUGUUUUGCUCUACGGUAGUUGGUCUACCUUUCUUGGUGCCACCAAUGAUUUUGACAGGAGAAUUAUUCAAAGCGUGGAGUUCAUGUUCUCAGCAUCCAUACGUAUAUGGUGUGUUAGUCUUUGAAGCCAUGGCCACGUUUAUUGGCCAAGUUUCUGUCCUUUCCCUCAUUGCACUUUUUGGUGCUGCCACCACAGCCAUGAUAACAACGGCUAGAAAGGCAGUGACAUUAUUGCUAUCAUACUUGAUAUUCACAAAGCCAUUAACCGAAGAGCACGGGACUGGACUUCUGCUCAUAGGUAUGGGGAUCACAUUGAAGCUCUUGCCUGAGAAUAAACCAUACCAAAGGGUUUCAAACUCAUCAUCUGGCAAACCCAAGAGUUCAAAGCCAGCUCAUAACGAAGAGGAGAGAAUUCAACUUGACCAUCAACAUGUUGGAGAAGAUGAAGAAAAGAGGCCAUUGGUCUGAUAUAUAACACUGCUUCUGUUGCACAAUGUCUGUUUAGCCAUUAAGGAAAUGAUUAUGCUAAAUAACAUCACUUUAGGAUUUUUUUUUUUUUUUUUUACAGGUUCCUUAUUUCUUUACAUUUGGUUGGUCUUCUUUUAUUCUUUAAAUAACAUCACUUUAUGUUUUUGUUGUUAAUGCUUUGGACUAUAUGUAUGAAACAUUGUUGAGAACUUGAGAUCGUGGUGUACAAGUUUAGAUAUUUAAAAUUAUUAGAAGCUUGUAAUUGCAUUCACAGAGUAA